ACAACAUAGCAUCAGCACCAGCUCAAAGCCUCAAACACACAUACUCUACAUAGCACGCCAAGCUAGCACUCGCGCAGAGCACAGCAUGGCCGCCUCCGCGCCGAGGGUGGCCUUCGCGACGGCGGCCUCUUUGGCCGUGUACUGGCUCCUCAAGUCGCUCCUCCACACACCUCACCCCGCUCUGCUGCCGGCGGCGGCCGCCCUCGUCGCCGUCGCCAUCACCGUGGCAGCGGGAGGUAAGCUUGGCGCCGGCGCUCCUCCCGGGCCCGCGGCCGUGCCGGUGUUCGGCAACUGGCUGCAGGUGGGCAACGACCUCAACCACCGCUUCCUGGCGCGGCUGUCCGCGCGGUACGGCCCCGUGUUCCGGCUGCGGCUGGGCGUGCGCAACCUGGUGGUGGUAUCGGACCCGCGGCUGGCCACGGAGGUGCUCCACACGCAGGGCGUGGAGUUCGGCUCCCGCCCGCGGAACGUCGUCUUCGACAUCUUCACGGCCAACGGCGCCGACAUGGUCUUCACCGAGUACGGCGACCACUGGCGCCGCAUGCGCCGCGUCAUGACGCUGCUCUUCUUCACGGCGCGGGUCGUGCAGCAGUACCGCUCCAUGUGGGAGGCCGAGAUGGACGGCGUGGUGUCCGACCUGCGCGCCGACUCCGCGGCCCGCGGCGCCGGCGUCGUGGUGCGCCGCAGGCUGCAGCUCAUGCUCUACAACAUCAUGUACCGCAUGAUGUUCGACGCCCGCUUCGACUCCGUCCACGACCCCAUGUUCGUGGAGGCCACCAAGUUCAACUCGGAGCGCAGCCGCCUCGCGCAGAGCUUCGACUACAACUACGGCGACUUCAUCCCCAUCCUCAGGCCCUUCCUGCGUGGCUACCUCAACAAGUGCAGGGACCUGCAGACCAGGAGGCUUGCUUUCUUCAACAGCAACUACGUCGAGAAGAGAAGGAAGGUGAUGGACACACCGGGAGACAAGAACAAGCUCCGAUGCGCGAUCGACCACAUCCUGGCAGCAGAGAAGAGCGGCGAGAUCACGCCGGAGAACGUCAUCUACAUCGUCGAGAACAUCAACGUCGCGGCCACCGAGACGACGCUAUGGUCCAUCGAGUGGGCGCUCGCCGAGGUGGUGAACCACCCGGACGUGCAGCGCAAGGUCCGCGGCGAGAUCAGGGACGUGCUCGGCGACGACGAGCCCAUCACCGAGUCCAGCAUCAGCAAGCUGGCGUACCUGCAGGCCGUCAUCAAGGAGACGCUGCGGCUGCAUUCCCCCAUCCCGCUCCUCGUCCCUCACAUGAACCUCGAGGAGGCCAGCCUCGGCGGCUACACCAUUCCCAAGGGCUCCAAGGUCGUCGUCAACGCCUGGUGGCUGGCCAACAACCCGGAGCUAUGGGAGAAGCCGGAGGAGUUCAGGCCGGAGAGGUUCUUGGACGAGGAGAGCAACGUGGACGCCACGGUCGGCGGCAAGGUGGACUUCCGGUUCCUCCCGUUCGGCGUGGGCCGGCGCAGCUGCCCCGGCAUCAUCCUCGCGCUGCCCAUCCUGGCGCUCAUCGUCGGGAAGCUCGUGAGGAGCUUCGAGAUGGUGCCCCCGCCAGGCGUGGACAAGCUCGACGUGAGCGAGAAAGGCGGGCAGUUCAGCCUGCACAUUGCCAACCAUUCCACCGUCGCCUUCCACCCCAUCGUCGUCUCACCAUGACCAAUUUUAUUUUUGGAACGGCACGCGACGGACUAAUUGCGUUCGUUUAUAAUUUGUUGCUGGCGAUGGAUCUCCCUUGGUGGCGGGCUCACCGCGAGGAGCGCUCCGUACGGCAACCAAACCAACCAACCCCUUUUCCCUUUCCGGAAACAAGAAAAUCGAAGACCGAAGAAGAAGGGUCCGUCUAUGUUACAUCUAGAUGUGAGAUAUUAUCUCACAUCUAACUUCCUCUCACAUCUAAUUCCUUUAUCCUUGAUUUUUUUAAGUCUUCAUGGAUUUGUUUUGUCCCUAAGGGUGAGGGAGUUAGAUGUGAGAUAAUAUCUCACAUGUAGAUGUGAAAUAGCAAACCCGAAGAAGAAAAUCCUAGUGUUGGGUUCCACUUCCACCCGUAACAGGCGGUUAAUGAAAUUCUUUUUCUUUUUUGAAAACGGCGGUUAACGAUUCAACCAACGAGGAAUCCAACUUUCUCUUUUCUUCUUCUUCUUCUUCUUCUUCUUCUUCUUGCCAAUCUUAGUGGUUGAUGUUUUUUCUAAAAUGUUGAAGAAAGCUACUAGCCAUAACUUGAUUAAAGGGCUUCUGCCUCAUGUGGUACCUGGUGGUGUGGUCAGCUUGCAAUAUGCUGAUGACACACUGCUUUUCUUAGAUGCCUCUAUUGAUCAUGCUAGACACUUAAAAUGGAUUUUGGCUUGUUUUGAAAAACUGUCUGGUCUUUGCAUCAACUUUCAUAAAAGUGACUUG